UCCUUACAAGGAACCGGGGAAGUAAACCCGUCUCCCAUGUUACCCAAAUGACCUCAGGUUUCAAUGCAUGCUCUUUGGAUCGAGUCGUAGUGAAGCUGUAAAACAUAACUGAGGUCCUUUCACAGUUAUAAUAUAACGUUAUUGGUAAAAGUGACUAGCGUCGUUAUUUUAAUGGCUACUAUCCAGGAGCUCUCUCCAGACUCUGGCCGUGUGGAGACACGACCCCCUGAAGACGAGAUCGAGGGUGAUGAGGAGGAGGAUGAAGAGCUGGAUGAAACACUUCUGGAGAGGUUGUGGGGUCUCACAGAGAUGUUUCCAGAAUCACUGCGAUCAGCAGCUGAAGUUUCUGCACAGAGUUCACUAUCUGUAGCUAAAAAACUUUACAGUUUCUCCCGCUCGGCUCUAUGGGUCGGUACUACUUCCUUUAUGAUUCUGGUUCUGCCGGUUGUCUUUGAGACCGAGAGGUUACAGCUGGAACAGCAACAGCUACAACAGCAGAGACAGAUUUUGUUGGGUCCAAAUGCUGGCAUGUCUGGAGGAAUGCCUGGAAUGAUGCCACCUGCUCCUGGGAAGCUGUGAUGAUGUAUAUGCUAUAACAUCCAUGAGCUGUAGAAGAAGAAGGGGAAAGAGAGAGGGUGCCGGAACGGAGAAUGAUGUGAGAAGAUGCUGUUGUUGGUCAACAUCAAGAAAUCGUUACCAUGUGUAAUUUGUGUGUACAGUGGAGACCCUGAUUAUUUUUUAUGAACUUCCCUCUCUCUCUGCCUUUCUCACAAAACAUUCUGCAUAGACUGUCGUCCAAGUGCUGAUCUUUUACUUUUUUUUUUUUUUUUUUUAUAGCUAUAUGGGGAAUAUUUAGACUGUGUUUAUGGUGCAAUGUUGGCCAUUGAAGUGCUAGAUCAACACUGACGUGCAGAGAAUCAGCAUUCAAAAGAUCUGUAGUAUUUAUGAGGGCACACAAGGCCAAUAUUGAUUGUGAAAUUUUCUCUGUCUACAAAUUAUGGUUGUUUCUUGUUAAUGAUUGAGAAAUGUUAAAACCUUUAGAAGUGGUUCUCUACCAGUGGUGUCUUUUACAGGUAGAGCUAAUAUCAUGCAAAGCUUCUGCAAUGUUAUUCCUCAGACAAAAGCCAUACAGUAUGCAGAACCAUUGUGAAAUAUUUAAGAAUGUUUCAAAACAUUGUACUUCCUGUAGUGAUUAAUUUUAUUUGCUCCACAUGACAGGAAUAAAAACAAGUCCUACUUUG